UAAACCUUGAAUGUUGAAUAGUAAAGAAGUGCAAAAUGAAAUUGAAAGUUUUAGCAAUAAUUGCAAUCUGCAUGUUUUCUGGAUCAUUUAGUGAAGUUCUCGAUGGUCAUGCAGCAUGCAAAUAUAAUUAUUUAAAAAGCGUAAAAGGUUAUUUGUGCAAAUUAAUAUCAAAUAAUGCUGAAUCAGUCAGUGAAAUUGAGGGUGAACAUUUACCUGGCAAGACAGACAAUGAAGUUGAGUUUCUCAUCACGUAUCACUUAUCGUUCACAAAAUUGACACCAAUAAUCUGUGAAAAAUUCAAUAAUCUUAGAAAAUUAAAGAUUAUGAGCUCAGAUGUCACUUCAGUGGAUCCAAAUGCACUGAAAAAUUGCAAAAAUCUUAACGAAUUUCAUCUAAUUAGCAGUAAAAUUUCAGAAUUACCAUCAGGCUUAUUUUCAGAAAAUCCAGAUUUGGUUAGAAUUCAGUUUGACAACAAUCAAUUAACAACCUUGCCUGAUAAUUUAUUUGAGAACCUUAAUAAAGUUAAGAUAUUGUGGCUUUAUAAAAAUAAACUUAGCUUUUUACCCAUAAACAUUUUUAAACCUUUAAACAGUUUAGAAAAACUGCAGCUUAGCCACAACAAGCUCAAAGUCAUAAAUCCAGCAUGGUUUGAAUAUUUAGAUAAUUUACAAGAGCUCAGCAUGAGAUACAAUGAAAUUAGUGAUUUGCCAAAGAAUGCUUUUGUCAAUUUGUUUAAUCUACAAUCAGUUUGGUUCAGUGGAAAUGAACUGACUAUCAUACAUUCUGACUCAUUUGGAACCAUGAAGAAUUUUACUGAGUUGUAUUUGAGAGAAAACCGAAUAAAUUCAUUUGACGGUCAAAUCAUCAAAUCUAAUAAUUUAAAUGUCCUUGAUAUGUUUGGAAAUGUCUGUAGUCAAAUUUUGGCUGAUGAGAUGAGCAAGGAUGAAAUGAUGGAAGUUUUCUAUAAUUGUAUAGAUAAAUAUCAACCUCGUUAGAAUGUUAAUGGUGAAAUUGAGUACUGUGAAUUAAAAUUUUAUGUGCUUUUAAUUUUUAUUGUUGAAAAUAAAAUGUUGAAAAAAUUCUUUAAUUUUAAAAUAAAGUAAAUAAAUUUUUACUAAUUUAGACUCGCUUACAACAAAAAUUCUAUUUAAAUUUCUUUAAUUUUUAUUAAAGAUUCAAACUUCAUUUAUGGUAAUUUUCUUAUCCCUUUUUGACGACCUUCCCGACCUCCUUCAUCAUCAAUCGACCCCAUGUUGUGAUCCAAAUUCG